AGUUUUCGUAAGUGUAACCGAAAGGCAUAAUCAAGAAAUGUUGCCAUUGAGACUUACUGUUGUCUGCUGUAAGAGGAAACACUAGUAAUAGCGCAAGUUAGAAUUUUGACAUGUCACUGAAACACAGAUUUGGGUUAAACUCGCGGAUAUAUACAAAAUAUGCAUUGUAUUCGGAGCAUCAACGCAUAUGUAGAAAAAAUAUAACUUCACCUGCACUUCCAUCCAAAACGUUCAGGACAGCUCCUGAAGUUGUAGCUAGCUUACGACAUGAUCCUGCCUUCAUCGCCUUCAAACAACAUUGGAAGUUAAAAGUAAUCACACGAUUGACAGCAAAUAAGUGUUUCCCGAAGAUCCCGUUUUCAAGAGGAAUGACCACAUCGAUCAAUACCCUGCAGUACGAUUUGAAAACGGACAUGACAAAGUCUGGUAGCCGAAAACUAUUUUUUGAUACCCAUGCAGUUGUUCGACUUCUUGAAGACAAUGGCUUUAGCCCCCAGCAAGCUGAGGUUAUAAUGAAAGUCCUGGUGAGGACAACGAACUCCAACAUGGAUACAAUCUAUAAUGAUAUAGUUACCAAAGUGCAGCAGGAGAUUCUGUUGCAGAGGGUGAUGUCUCAAAUUGCAUCUGUAAAAAAAGACAUGAUCAUUCUUGAGAAAAGUGAGUUUUCUACUUUGUUGGCAGAGAAUGAGAAAGUUAAGACAGAACUAUUGCAUCUGAAAGUUCAAUUGUCUGACAUGAUGAAUAAAGUACGUUUAGACAACAUCUUGAAUAUGCAUUUGGAGAAGAGCAGAAUUAAAGAAAUGAAAGCAGAGCAUGACAAAAGGCUUCUGGAGACCCAAACUAAUAUCAUGGAAAUGAAUGCAGAGCAAGAUCGCCAUUUGACUCAAAGCAACAUGAAAAUCGACACAGAAGUGGCAGGAUUAAAAACCAUGUUGGUAUCUCACAAACUUGACACAAUCAAAUACCUUGCAGGUUCAGUUUUCACCUGUCUUACAGUGGUUCUUGGAUUUUAUCGACUUUGGAUGUGAUUCUGCAUGUUGGGCAUGUGACUGCUACAGCCAUUUAGCUGGAAAAAAAUCUUUGUACAUAAUAAUAUUUUGUUAAAUUGAACUUACUGUAAGUCGCUCUGGAUAAGAGCGUCUGCUAAAUGACUAAAUGUAAUGUAAAUGUGAGGAAAAAGUAUUGAAUGUAUCAUUGUGUUUUUCUGAGGUGGUUUGGCUUUUUAGUUUUAUGACUGUAAAAACUGUAACAGUAUCACAUAAAUUUAAAAAAGACACAACCAAGAGCAUACAACAUGUUCAAAGCUAAGAUUGAAAUGUUUCAACAGAUUAAAUUAUGAGAACAAUAACUGUUCUUACCUGCAACAGAAAUAAAACCUUUUAAAAAAUCAAAAAGGUUUUGAGUCUGUAACUUUAUUUUCAUCCAUUUCAAUGGACCAUUGAAAUGGAUGAAAUAAGUGUAAACUUAACAGAAUAAACAUUGUCUUAAUACUUUCUUAAUAUACAUUCUUA